GAAUUCACUGUUUAACCAUGUCAGUAGGGUUUUGGACUUGAGACGACUCACUCUUAAGGCUAUGCAAGCCCAUGAUCUUUGUUUUUAAUGUUGUACACAUAGCGUCCUUCUUGAUUUACAUACGUCAAUUACUUAUUAACUUUGCUAUCUCAAUUUCAGUCCACAACUUAAAUUCCUUGAUCUUCGAUAAGCGCAAGUAUACAAACAAAUACGGAGUUACAUCACGUGUGUGCCUUCAGUAAAUUUAUAAACGCUGAGUUACAAGUGCAUACAAAACUGUGCUGAAUGUAAAAGUUGUGGUGUUUUCGUAUUGUGAUUCUUAAAUAAUUAAAAAUUAAUGUGAAUUUUAUUGGGAUCUUCUGAUCGAUGGGACAUUUAGUAUUUGGUGCAAGUGGAAUGCAGCGUCUAAAUAUUGAAGCAGCCCGGAGGCAGGCUGGCCAAGACUUGCUGCAGACUCCGAACCCAGGGCUACCACCAUCGGCUGGAAAUGGGACGCCAAUUUCUCUCAGCACACCUGACAUUUUAAACUCCAUAAUUGCCAUAGCCAACCCAUUUUUUGAAAGUGCAACGCUUCCCGAUGACACAGAGACUUUGAGUCAGCAGGACUUUGAUGAGCCUCAAGAGAAGAAAGUAUUUGCCAAUUUGGAAACUUCGGUCACAAGUACGACGUCAAGUUGCGUCCAAACUGUUUCCGGUAGCAGUCAGAAUAAUCAAAAUCUGACCAAUAUCAACAAUGCCAUCACCACCGCCACCCCCAGCAACAAUUACUGCAUGGCUGGUUCCCCCCAUUCCGUCUCAUCAACGUCUACCUCAGAGAGUCCCCCUCCUUCAAAGCAGCAAAAUUUUUACCAAGUUCCGCAGCCAUCCAGCUCAGUGGAGUCCAUGAGAUCCAAACUAAUCAAGGACAGCCUGAAAUUAACGAUCCAGACCAAACGAAAGAAUAGUGGGAAGGAAGAGUUGGACGUGAAAUCAGAGCUUGUUACCAAAAGACACAAGAGAGAGGAGGUAGAGUUGACCUAUGACUUUUCAAAUGACUCAUUUGCCGAGUCACUCCCACCAACUAAGCUAACCCCAGAGGAUGAAGAGAGACGAAAAAGACGCCGAGAAAGAAACAAAGUCGCUGCGACGAAAUGUCGGAAUAAAAAGAAGGAGAAGACAGUUCUAUUAGUUCAGGAGGCCGAAGUUCUGGAGACUGACAAUGUAACAUUAAAAUCAGAAAUUGCCCUAAUGGAAGAAGAGUUCAAAAGGCUGUCGUCGCUCUUGACGUCGCACACACCCAACUGCGUCUUAAAUCAAGAACAGAAGCCGUCGACAUCGUCGUCAUCUCAGCAACAUCAUCACCAAGACCUGACCCAUGGUCACCAAAAUAUUAGUAAUAACAACGUGUCAUCAUAUAGUAACUCUACACCUGUCCAUCAACAGCAACAGCAUGACUAUAAUCAAGGUUUGAAUCCACACCUAGCCAUUAGUAACCAUCAUCAUAAUCACAACCACAACAAUAAUAAUCAUUUCAUGGGCAGCAACAAUAAUAUGAACAUGAAUUAUUUUGGGGGUCCUCUUCAUCAUCAAACUAUUCAGCUUUCAUAGCAAAUUGAGCUGCACCAAAUAAAGUAUCAAUAAUUUUAUAUUUUGGUAACUGAUUUUCUUGUAAAUCCUCGAGGAAUUUGUGGACACUCAUAAUACACCAAAUCAAACUUUUCAAUUCUGUGAUAUUGAAUCCAAUUUAUUCAUGUCUUCUGUAAGUAAAUAUGUAGGUGCGUUAAGUAAAUUACCAAAAACAUCUACGAAAUUUGUAUUCUAUUCUAGUGCAAAAAUAUGAAUAAAUGAGUAACGAAAGUUCCGAGACUGAUCAAAGAAUUUGGUAAUUACUUAUAUGUAUUGACCAACUUAAAUUAGAGUUACUCUGUGUGUCAUAGUAAAAUUGGCUGGUUCAAGCAAUAUGUAUACAGCAUAUUAUGGGUUUCAGCAUGAAUUAUUUGAAUGAUUAUGUGAGCGUUUGAGUAUUUCUGGUGAUGUAAGUGUACACCAUAACGCUCUGUAGGUCUUGUGCGAUAGGAAAAUAAUAAAUACUUAAUCUUGUGUUUAAAUUUAACUAAUUUAAAUUUACAUUAAGAUGGCUUUCCUGGUGAAAACGUUGUUACAAUAAAUACAGAAUACACCCAGUUAUAAUAAAUCGUAAGUAAAAUAAGGAUAUAAACUAAUUUCUUGUUCAAGAAAUAUGCGAGUAAGUACUAUGUACUUUGAGAUAAGUAUCACAAUUAUGCAAACCAAUGUAAUAAAAUACAGUGAUAGUAACCUAAUAAAAAUGAUCAACCGAAGAAAUG